AUGCCACCUCUACCUGACUAUCCUCCUCCACCUGAACCUCCUCUACCUGAUGAGCCUAUACCUGCCCAGCCUAUCCAUGAGGCACCUCCUGCACCUUUUAUCCUUGAUGAGUGGGGUGUUCCUGUGUUGCCACCCGAGCUUGAUCCUUUACCUGAGCCGAUCGAGCCUCCUGUCUUUGAUGAGCAGCAGGGACAUGAGUAUGAUCAGAUCUUGAAGGUGCCACCUCCUUCUCCUGACUGUAUUUUGUUUGGUAGCUAUCCUUUUAUGGUUCCUGUGGCCAGCAGUGAUUCCUCCGCUAUCACUCUGGCAGAAGAAGAGGACGAGGAAGAAGAAGAUCCAUAG